UGUCGUUGCAAUUGGCGAGGAGGAGUCUCUGUGCGCGGCCCGACCAGGCGACUGUAACACGCUCGAUAAAAGCAAAGACAGCAUCGCCAUCUUGUCACUUUUUGGGUGAUCAGCGGGGGAUCCACCAUGGAGAUCUGGGCAAUAACUCUGGGGACGGAGGAAGGAAGGAGCACGAACCGACGCAAUGAACUGAUGAUCAUCACAGAAUCAUGCCCGCAGGGACGGCGGAUUGCAGCAGCCGCCUUGCGCAUGCAACAUGGCGGUUUAUAGCACGCCCCGUAAUAUGUCACGUCGGCAUCAAGUUGAUGAUUGUCCCGCCUGAUGGAUGGCUUGCGCUGCUGGACGGGCGAAGUUUGAAAAAGUUGUCCGGCGGCAUGGGUCGCGCACCGUGUUUGCAGACAGGACAGCGCACUAUACGGCACGGCACUGCGCAGCGGACCUGA